AUGCAGACGAGGAGAUAGUAGCGAUGAAGCCGCUGGAAGUGAAGGGGGGCCUGGAUGAUGGUGGGGCUGAGGGGGCUGAGCCCCCCGAUCCCCGCCUCAACGAGUUGCUGUCUCGCCUUGACACCGCUGUUAUUUACCCUGAGGAACCCCAGUCGCGGACCUCUGAUAAUGUGCCUUUACCCGGAGUCGUAAGCAGCGGUGGUAAAGAGGAGACGGGUGGCAACCCCGGGACACAGGUGGCGUCCUCGCCGGACGACUACUUCAUCAAAUGCCCGCAAUGUGGCGCUGGCUACGCGGGCUUCCAGGCGCUCAAGGAGCACGUGGAGUUGGCUCAUGGAGGCGGUGCGCUUUCCUGUCUGCAGUGCACGGCUACCUUCCCCACGAGGGAUCUACUCGACAAACAUGAGUUGUUGCAUUCGCCCAAUGCGCAGGUGUCAUGCAAAGUUUGCAACAAAACAUUCGCCAAUGUGUACAGACUUCAAAGGCACAUGAUAAGCCAUGAUGAAAGUGCAAACCUUCGCAAAUUCAAGUGUCCAGAAUGUGAGAAGGCCUUCAAAUUCAAGCAUCACCUUAAGGAACACAUCAGAAUCCACAGCGGUGAAAAACCGUUCGAAUGCGCCAACUGCGGAAAACGCUUCUCGCACUCCGGCUCCUACUCGAGUCACAUGACCUCGAAAAAGUGCUUAGUCAUGAAUUUGAAGGUGAGCCAGCGUGGCAACAACCGCAACGAUCUGGCAAUGAAGCAGCAGAACGCAAACUCCGGCGGUCAGCUGUCGGUCUACCGGAACGACACUCCCGGACCGCAACCAAUGAAGCGUCCCAAGAUGAUGACCGGAAUCAACAACAAUAUCACACCUCUCUACAAUCCGAAAUACAGUGAUACUUCAGCGGCGUUCCUACAGAACUUCCCCCUCCCUCCCACCGCAGCUCCACCCGGACAUCCGGCAUCGUUCCUUCACCCGUUUUUCUCGCACGGUUUACACCUCAACUCCGCACAAAACACUCCCUACAACUUCCCCGCGUCACUCAGUCAUCUGCUAGAACAACUCACCACCAACCCCCAGCCUCCUUCUAACAACAACGACUCCAUCAAGAUCACGGAGGUCACUGAGGAUGAGCAGCUCUCUCCCGGGAACGAGAAGAUCGACAAGAACGGGGAGGUGUAUGUGAAGCAGGAGAUCAAACAAGAGGAGGAGGAUGAUGAGGAGGAGGUGACGAAACCCUCAACAACGAUCACCGAGAGGGGGAGUAACAGUUCUCCAGGUGUGAACAGUAACAGCGGAGAUUUGGAGGCUGUGAAGAGGAUUUUGGAGACGGUGAAUGCGACAGUGACUAAACAGCUGUUGGCAGUGAACAUGCAGAAGUUGUCUUCAGGCUCUUGUAGUUCGGGUUGUAACAGUGUGGUGAGUGGCGCACCCACGCCACCUAUCGACGAAGUCGAGAACUACUCAUGCAGAUACUGCAGGAAAACAUUUUCCUCAGGGAUUGAACUUCAUCAACACGAACGCUACCUCUGUAGCAGCGAGGAUGAGAAGAGUGAAGGGUUAGCAGCGAAACUGGAGGAUGCCAUGUCGUCAAAGAAUGAAGUGAACGGUGGUUCCAUGCAUAGUGGAAGUGAGGACGAGGCCAGAGGCUACAGGGAACUGGUGAUGACUGAGGAUGAGGACGGGGAUACCACGGAUCAGGACGGGAGGAAGGUGCGGGUGAGGUCGCAGAUUGCUGAGGAACAGUUGGCGGUGUUGAAGUCGCACUACGCCAUGAACCCCCGUCCCAAAAGGGAAGAACUGUCCAGGAUUGCGGAGAAAGUUGGGUUUCCAGUGAGGGUUGUCCAGGUUUGGUUCCAGAACAACAGAGCUCGAGAUCGCAGGGAGGGGAGAUUAGUACAUGUCCCCUAUGUCCCACUUCCAGGGGUGUUCCAGCUCCCUGGAACCUUCUCCAAUGAUUCCCUACCGAUGUCCGCGUCCGAACAACCCCUAGACCUCUCCACGAAGAAAUCGACAUCGUCUUCACCCUCCAGCUCCCCGCAACGGUCAGAUUCGGAUGAUUGUGGCGCGGUGAACCUCUCGAAAUCCUCCGUCUUCUUCCGUCCCCCGUAUCGACAGCGCUCCCCCUCGCCACAGGAUAGCAGCGGCGGCAGCAGUAGACUAGCUCGCAUCCUCACACAGCCAGCUGCUGUCCGAUUGGCUAAUGGAACAGGGAUGCCAGCUGGCUUGCCGAUUGAUCGCUUCCUCUACUCCAAUCCGGACUUCCAGCUGUCGCGUUCGCCUCUGCCCGCCAUAGCUCUGCACCACAAUGGAAGCACAAGCCCCGGUGCUGAGAAACGCGGUUGGAAACUACAGGGUUUCCUAGACGGCAGCGAACUGACAGACGAGGCAGAAGAGUCGGGCUGCCUGUCCCAGGAUCCCGACGACACGACCGGCACGACACGACACGACAUGUCGUCCGGAGGUGGGACGGCCGCCGGUGCCAAGAGGAAGUCGUCGAACGUGGAUUCGACGCCGGCUGAACAAGAGGGUCAGUUCACCUGUGACCAAUGUGACAGAGCUUUCUCUAAGCACAGCUCCUUAGCCAGGCACAGAUAUGAGCACUCAGGUCAACGGCCCCACAAAUGUGACAUAUGCACCAAAGCUUUCAAGCAUAAGCACCAUCUGACCGAGCACAAGCGUCUGCACAGCGGAGAGAAGCCGUUUCAGUGUGCCAAGUGUCUGAAAAGAUUCUCCCAUUCUGGAUCCUACAGCCAACACAUGAACCAUCGCUACUCCUACUGCAAACCUUACAGAGAGUGAGACGCCAAUAGUCGCUCUCUGUUCAUCGUUUAAUUUUACCAUUCUCAACUGAUUAUACCCAACGUUUUGUGUAGAUAUUUGUCUCCCUAUUGCAAUCUUCCAAGAUUGAUCUAUUUUACCAUAUUAGUGAAAAAUUGGAAAGUCGCACAUAACCUUUGGACAAUUUAUUUUAUGAAAUUGGGAUGAAAAGAAGUUUUGGACUGUAGUCUGUUUCUUUGUCCUUAAGUUGAUAUUAAGUGAAAAAUAAAUAUUUCAGUUAUUGAUGAUGUAUGGUGACAAGAUAGCAAAGAAUCUUCCAUUCAAUCAACUUUUAAUUGAUGAUAUUGGGAUUUUUGUGUAGAUAUUCCUUCUGAAAAAUAUCAUCAAUUUAUCCAAUCUUCCUAAACAACGGUUGUCCAUUUAAAUUAAAAACAUGGAUGUUUGUGUGGAUAUUUCUACAAACGAAAAAGCUUAUAUUCAACAUAUUUAGCGAAUAAUGUUCAAUUCCACCACUUUAAAAUUGAUGACAAGUAAUUUUUGUGUAUAUAGAAGGUGCAUAUUUCUCAUUUCAGACAAAAUGUAUUCAUUUUUUUCAACUAAAGCUGCGUUUACACCAUAGUUAUUAACAAAAUGUUUAUUUUUCCGUCCUAUUAGAUUUAACGGAACUUGACAAACACAUAAGCUAAUCAUGUGUAUGAUAAGUUAUGUUCAAUCUAAUAGUAUCUAUAAGGACGGAGAAAUAAACAUUUUGUUAAUAACUUUGGUGUAAACGCAGCUUAAGUUUGGUCGAUUGUGAAAUUUUUCAAUUGGUGAAACGAAAAUGUUGUGUAGAUAUUCCUUUUAAACAAGGUUUAAUUACAAAGUUUAGAAUGAUUGAAGAAUUUUCCUGACUUAUAAAUAGAAGAUUGAUUAAAUUCUUUUGAAAGAAGACUGUUGAAUUUCACUAUAAUAUUGUUUUUUAGAUAUUCCACCUGAACUAAGUUUUGUGAUUGGUAGAUUCAGCUGAGCAUGUCGGGUUGAAUCUGUUUGUAACAAUGAUAUUUUUUCUGGUAUAUAUUUUUUGUCAUCAACAAUCGUUUUACCUGUUUAACAAAAUUUUAUGAGCUUUGUAAAACGAAUACAGCUAAUUUUAAGAUGUAUACACACUGGGCAAGCAUAGCAAGGCGUAAAUGUAUAACAUUGUGCUUGUCAAGUGGACUUCAUAGGUUUCUCUGUAUUAUAUAAUUUUUUAAUGUUAUAAAAAUAUGAAGUUAAACUUCCAGUACUGAGCAAAAUGUUUUGAUUGUUUCCAUGAAGGUGAUAUUAUUGAUAUUACUUCAAAUUCCAACCAGAAAAUUACAAAACAAAAUGUCAUCAUUGAACUGUUAAAUGCACUCUUUUUAAGCGAAAGCUGUAAUAGGAGAGGAUUUUAACGUGAUUUUCUAUGUUAUAGAAAGUGUAACAAUUAAUUCUUCGAAACAGUCCAUGGUUAUCAAAUUCAAAUGUUGAGCCUCAAUUUCAGUAUAAAACAUUGAAACCAUCAGGUAAAGGAACAAAAACAUUUUUUAUAAUUGUGCUAUUGCUGUUCCUCUAUGGUGUUUGACACCGUACAAUCACAAAAUAAAAGUUUCACUUUUAUUGUGAAUAAUUCCUCUUGUAAAUUGUAAAUAAAUGCUUAUUUGUACAAACCUCAGAGUACUUCUUGUUCAUACUGAGAGAAUAAUAGAAUGUAUAUUGCAUAACUUGACAAUACUAUCAUCAAGAUAAUGGUGAUGAUUAUUAUUAAUAAUUAAAUAUCAAUUUUGAUUAACCAAUAGAUUUAGGAGCUGAAAAUAUAUUAUGUAGAUUAAAAAACUUUGAAGAAAUACGUUUAUUUACAAUAUUUUUUAUUACUCAGGAUGGAAUAGAGUAUUGUUUAUAAUUAUUGGGAGAAAUAUAUUAUGAAUAGAAUUAUAGGCAUUCAAGUUAUUGAACUACAAAAAAAAUCGGUAACUGAUGAAUUUAUAGUAAAUAUUAUUAUUUGUCAAAUCUAUAUAAUAAAUAAUAUUGUCAAACUUUUGCUUGAAAUUCAAAAUGCUACUAUGAAGCCUUUUCUAAAGUAUUGUUGUACAAUUGAAAUUAUAGGAUAUAUACUACAUUAUACAUAACACUAUUAGUCUCUAUGAGUUACCAAUAUUAUUCUGUAAAAGGAAUUUGAUAAGUCUUAUUAUUUUGAGCUCUGAAAAUAUCGAUUAUGGCAUUGACAUUUUUACUACUGAUUUGAAAAUUUUGUUCUUUAUGAACUUUCUAAUUCUAUUAUGACCUGUGAUUUUGAAGGCAUUAAAUCCUAUUCUCCCUUUAAGGCCUAAAUUAUUUCACACUAAUGUGAAAACCUCCACUAAUUAAGGCUAAUAUUGAAUUAAUUCAACGAUCGAUAGAUUAAUUAUUUACGAAUUGAUAAGGAAGAAAAGAACUCUGAUAAUUUUCAACCAAUAAUCUACUACGUUAAUAACUAUAAAUCGAUUCAUUUUGGAUUUGAAUUUUCUUUGCUCUUAAUAAUUUUCGACCCAAUGUAUUUUUAUAUUAUACAUUUGAGUAAAAUCGUCGACCAUUCCAAUAAUGGUUAUACUUAAUUAUUUGAUACUGAUUUAGAUUAUUUUGUGCCAAUUUUAUUAUCCAUGACAAAUUAUUAUAUUAUUAUGAAUUAUAUCUUGAAAGAGUAGAUGUUUAUUAUUAUGAUGUUGGUAUAGUAUGAUACCCGAUCAUUACAAUGUAUAAUAUGCGAGAGUCUUCUAUAUUGUCUAAUUAUUAUAAAUUAUAUAAUAUAAAAACUAUUGUAAAAUAAAACAAAUUAAUGUUAGAGAAUUUGUAUCGAUGACAAUAACUAUUAACAGAAAUGAUAAUUAUGUUGAUUACUGUAUAAUUAUUAUGUGUUGAGUUACAGAGCCCGUUAUUUCAACAAAUAUUGGAGUAUAUUUAUCAUUUGAAAGAUUAAAAAAAGGCUAAAACAUGACAAACUCUACAUAUUCGUAUCAACAUUUUAUUCAAAAGGCAGUUAUGUAGUUCACCAACAACAUGAACAAAUUUGCAAUUCUAAAUCUCAUUAUUUGUAAUUUGAAAUCAAGCGAAGAUCAUGGACCUAGUUAAGUCAAAAUUAGAAAAAGUAUAUAACUUGAAUAAAUUCAGUUAUCAUUUUUCUACAUAAAUAUUUCACCAAAGAACGCAUGUCAUAUUAUAAUCAAUUUUGGAUGAUUUCUAUUGAAAAUAUCCAUCCAAUCGACUCCAUAUUUAUGAAGAUUUGAGUUCACAAUUCGAACAGAAAGACUCACAUAAUAUUUGGAGGGAACACCCAAAAUGUAUUCAUGAUAAUUAUAUUUCUAUGUUAGAAUUGAGUGGUUUUGUGUCGCAUUUUCAACGUUUUACGUGAGUUUUUAUGUAAUUAUAUUUGUUGUGAAAAUAUUAUCCUAUAGUCGAAGAAAUAAUAUUAUUUUUGGAUAAGAAUAUAUGAUUUUGCAAUGAAAUAUUUUUCAAGGAUGGAUUCGUAGCUUAAAGCUUGAUAGCUUUCAUUUUAUGAUUUUCUAGAUAAAUCAGUUUUUAUUUCUUCUUCUGCUUCAUAAUCAUCAUCUUCUUCUUCUUCUCCCUAUCAGAUUCAGGCACCUCUGCAUGCUCCGAACCUCAUGUUCAUUGGACGCCCUCGGUCUCACUUGCCUUCUAGGUUGUAGUUGAGCAUCAAUUUUGGUAGCCUGUCUCCCUCCCACCAUUCUAUUCACAUGCUGUUACCAUUUCAAUCCACUCUAGAAUAUGUCCUCAUUUACAGAGGAGACAUCGAGUUGUUUCAUAUUAUCUCCAGUAUUUCUCGAAUGAUAUUCUCUGCCUACACUCACAUCGAUUUUUGUUUGUACGAUUUUUCGUCAUCCUUAUAAAUUCUAUAAGAUUAAACGGAACUUGACAAACAUCAUCUGUUCAAUCUAAUAUAAUUUAUAAGGACGGCAAAAAAUCGAUGUGUGUGUAACUGGCUCAAUGCAGCCAUAGGAUCUUCGUAGAAAUCUCAUCUCUGAUGCCUGCAGAAGAAUUUCGUCAGCAGUCAUUUAUAACACUGCUGACCUUUUUUGGUACCCUCAAGAUUCGAUUUUGAGUCCCCCUUCCCCCAAGAAUUCCAAGGACGCAGUCUGCGUCCCAACCCCCCUGAGGGCACUUUUGAAAUAAUUCUAAAUAGACUUCUAUACUAAACACAUUUCCAUUCAAAAUUAAAACCAUGACAUUUUUUCAUUAUUCAAUUUAUUGCAAAAUACAUAAAUAAUAUUGUUAUUCAUGUUGUAUAUAUUAGUAUUAUUUACAGAGUAGAUUUAGUUUCGAUUUAAUAAAUAAUUUUGUGAAUUCAUUGUGCCAUUCGAAUGUAUUAUAGAUAAUAUCUUAUAUAUUUGUACACAGUGUAGUCUUUAAUUUGUAUACAGUAAUCAAAUUUUUCGAUGUAAAACAGUGUAAAAUUAUGUUUUUUCACAUAUUUUCACCUAAAACACCCUCUCAACAUAUUAAGAACCAAUUCAAUUCCUGAAUAUAUUGUACAGUUUUUUUAAUUUAAUUGGAUUUUUUCCAGAAUUUUAAAAGCUUGUUCAAUUUUGUUCAACAAAGCCCUGCAACUAUUAGAGUAUUUGAAUGAUUCAAAAUUAAUUUUGAUCAUAUCUGAUUUAUUUGUUGAAGCCAUGCAGCUAUAAAAUAAAGUAGGCUUUUAUUAUACACGAAUCAUUACAGUAAAAAUUGUUGAUACUUUUGAUUAAAAAAUACAGUGCAUCAUUAUUACCUACACCUCCAUCGAGAUUGCUUGAACUUAAAUCAACAUUUAUUCCAUUUCCUGAUAUUAAAUUACAGUCAAUUUAUGCUUUUCUAUGUACAGAAAUCGCAUUUAUAAUGCAUUUAGGCUGUGAAAAAGCUACCUAGUGUUAUUCGACCCAUACAUUAUUAUAAACAAACUUAUAUACAUCUAAUAAAGUAACAAUGUAAAUAAAAUUAAUUCUGUCGAAUAAAAUAUAUCUAUCGUUUGAGUUUAAAUAUUAUUUUUUUACAAUGGUAUACAUUGAAGCUAGACAUUACCAAAGAUUGUGUCUAUAAAUAAAUAUAUUAUUUUAGUGCAAUAAAGAUUUAUUCAGAUGGGUCAUCUUCUCAUCUAUCUUAUUUUAUUGUAAUAUCUGCAAUGAUGAGACAAAUUAAACUACUGUAAUUUAUUUGUAUGCUCCUA